AUGUCCCAUUCGGUGGUCCUGCGUGGUCCUUCGCCGUGGGGUUUUCGCUUGGUGGGCGGGAAAGAUUUCAGUGCUCCGCUGACCAUCUCCAGGAUUAACCCUGGCAGUAAAGCAGCCAUGGCAAACCUGUGCCCAGGAGAUAUUAUUCUGGCAAUUAAUGGAGAGAGCACAGAGAACAUGACACACCUAGAAGCACAAAACAAGAUCAAAGCAUGCAUGGACCAGCUACUGCUCUCCGUGAACAGAGCCGAAGGGAAGACCUGGUCCCCCCCUGUUCUGGAAGAUGGGAAGGCUCAAGCGUAUCGGAUCAAUAUAGAGCCAGAACCGCAGAGGUGGCUCUUUGAGUGUCCUGACAAGGGUCCCAAGGUCCCCCCAGAGCCCUUCCUCAGCUCAGUCCAGAAGGAAUACAAGACGUGCAAGGGUGGAAGAGGGAGGGAUGAUGCUACGAAGAGUGGUGUUGGCCUCGUUUCCCUUCCGUGUCCUCUGACUUGCGCGGUGCUAAGGGUGAUCAUCAGCACCCAAGAGUGCCAACCCACGCAGCAGGCAUCGCGUCCACUGGGAACAGAGAUCCCAGUCAUGGCUGGAGUCCCCUGUGGAGCAAUUCCAUAUGACCCAGGACUGCCCUAUGCUGUGUUCAUUCAGCCCGUGUAG